AUGUUGUCCUCAGAGAAGAAGAAUAGAAAUAAGACGACGAAGAAGAAACCGUCACCGUUGCUACCAGCGACCCCGCAACCAACCCCAAAUCCGUAUAUUCCCGAUGAUUUGCUACUGAGUUGCGUCCCACGCAUCCGAUCAGUCUUAGGUCACAGAGAGAUUUGUCUCUAUGUGUACUUACGAUUCUAUCCUGACACUAACCUUCGCUGGUUUACUCUCUGCCGGAGACCUAAUCGAACCCUAACAGAGAAGAAGAAGAAGCCACGUAGCAAUCUUUUGGUUGGAAUCACAUGUCCCCAUUCUAGUCCUCCCUGCGCAAGUUACACAGCUGUUGGUUCUGAUAUCUACGAAAUUGGCGGACUCAUCAAUGGCCUGGCUUCCUCUACCGUCUCGGUCUUUGAUUGCAGGUCUCAAUCUUGGCACCAAGCUCCAAGCAUGCAGGUGAGAAGUUCGAACCCGGAAGUCAAGGCCAUUGAUGGAAAGAUAUAUGUUAGAAACAUUGACUACACCAGAUUAUCUAACUUAGUAGAGGUUUUCGAUCCAAAAUCCGAAACUUGGACUUACGAAACUAAAGAAUGGAAAUCACUGGAUGGUUAUUAUAAAUCUAAAGAAUUCAUAUCACGAUCUUGUUGGUGCGAGAUAGAUAACGUGUUGUACUAUUAUGAUAUUGAUAGGGGAGAGUUCAAGUGGCAAGACACUAAGGCAAGAAACUGGAGAAUCUUGAAGGGUUUGUUUGGACUGCCUAAUUAUUUGUUUUGUUCGACUGAUCAUUCUAGUCAGGUUCAAUUGGCGGAUUAUGGUGGAAAGAUGGCGAUUUUUUGGGACAGGCAUGAUUAUUCUAGCAACUGUAACGGAAGAAACCUUUGGUGUGCGGUGAUCACGCUUGAAAGGCGUAGUAGUGAAGAGAUUUGGGGGACAGUCGAGUGGUCUGAAGUUGUGCCUAAAGUCCCCAAAGAUUUUACAUUUGUGGAUGUCCUUUCUGCUACUGUUUGA